AUGGUUUCCCAAUUCCAUCUAUUGCCUCAAACAUUUGCCAUAACAUUCUAUGUUCUUGUAUGCAUAUUUGUGAGCGUUGAGCCAGCCAUUACAAGCACUGUCACGGACAAGGAGGCUUUGAUCUCAUUCAAGUCAGGGGUCAGUCUCCCUCCAUCUUAUUGGGACCAAAACUCAUCUCUAUGCACCAACUGGACUGGAGAUGUUUGCAACAAACUUGGCAACAGAGUUGUUGCUCUUCAGCUUUCCGGCUUGGGACUUGCAGGCUCCAUAAGCCCUCACAUCGGUAACCUCUCCUUCCUCCGUUCCCUUCACCUUCAAAACAACAAAUUAAUAGGAAACAUUCCCUCUCAAUUUCUCCACCUUUUCCGCUUGAAAUCUCUAAACUUGAGCUCCAACACCAUUCAAGGUCCACUGCCAUCAAACAUGACCCAACUUAUUGCGCUCCAAACACUUGACUUGGCCUCAAAUAACAUCACAGGAACUCUUCCUGAAAAUCUCAGUCGCUUGAAAAAUCUUCAAGUCUUGAAUUUGGCACGAAACAAUCUUCAUGGUCCAAUCCCAUCAUCCAUAAGCAACCUCUCAUCCACUCUCACACAUUUGAACUUAGGCACAAAUAGUCUCAGUGGUAGGAUACCGAGUGAAUUGGGUUUCCUUUAUAAACUCAAGGAACUUGAUCUUGCUGUUAACCAACUCACUGGGACUGUUGCCCUUUCCAUAUACAACAUCUCUUCUCUAGUUUUGUUCACCGUAGCUUCAAACCAACUAUGGGGUGAGAUUCCAAGCAAUAUUGGUCACACACUUCCAAAUCUUCUAUACUUCAGAACUUGUAUCAAUCAAUUCACGGGAAAAAUUCCUGCUUCUUUGCACAAUAUCUCCGGUAUUCGAUCAAUUCGCUUGGCCAACAACUUGUUUGAAGGAUCAGUUCCACCAGGCCUUGGAAAUUUGCAGUUCCUUGAAAGGUACAACAUUGGUUUCAAUCAGAUCCUUAGCUACGGCGACGAUGGUCUCAGUUUCCUCACUUCCUUGACAAACAACACCCGUCUCCAAUUCCUUGGCAUUGAUGAUAAUAAUUUGGAGGGUGUAAUUCCAGAGUCCAUUGGCAAUCUCUCUGGAGUUAUCGAAAAGCUGUACAUGGGAGGGAACCAUAUUUACGGUCACAUACCCUCCUCAAUUGGUCACCUCAGUAGCUUGACUUUGCUUAAAGUAAGCUACAAUUUGAUCUCUGGUGCAAUCCCACCUGAAAUAGGCCAGCUGAAAGAUUUGCAAAUGCUUGGUUUAGCAGCAAACAAAAUGUCUGUCCAUAUUCCAAACUCCUUAGGUAAGCUCAGAAUGUUGAACAACAUUGAUUUAUCCGGAAAUUACUUUGUUGGCAAUAUACCCCCUUCUUUUCCCAACUUUCAGAAGUUGCUUUCCAUGGACUUAUCCAACAACUUGCUCAAUGGAAGCAUUUCUAGAGAAAUAUUUCUAAGCCUCCCAAUCCCAAGUUUGAGCACCAUUUUGAAUUUGUCCAACAACUUUUUGAGUGGAACUUUGCCUGAAGAAAUUGGGCUCCUAGGAACUGUGGUCACUAUAGACCUCUCCGACAACCGCUUCUCUGGAUCCAUUCCCAGCUCAAUCGGAAAGUGUUCAAGCUUGGUGGGAUUGUUCAUGGUCAGAAAUACACUUUCUGGUCCUCUUCCUAAUGCUCUUGGAGAAAUGAAAGGUCUUGAGAUUCUAGACCUGUCCUCAAACCAGCUUUCUGGGUCCAUUCCUGAUACACUUAAAGACCUACGGGUUCUGCGCUACUUGAACCUUUCCUUUAAUCUCUUAGAAGGAGUAAUUCCUAAUGGUGGAAUAUUUGUUAAAAAUAUCUCUAGUGUCUAUCUUGAAGGCAACCCAAAGCUCUGCCUACAUUUUCCUUGUGUGGAGAGUGCUGCAAGCAGUCAUAGGAGAAAAGUACUGGUCUCAGUUACAACAAUAUUGGGAAUAUUGGCAGUAUGCAUUAUGGGUGGUUGUUUGCUCUAUGUUAGGAAAAGCAAAGCAAGAGUAGCAGCAACUUCUGAUUUAGUAGUAAAAGGGGCAGCAUCGAAUGGUCACAUAUGA